UCGCCUCAUUUCGGUAGCCAGCGCACAGCUCGUGGGGUGUGCGCGAGUGCGUGCAUCUGCUGCCUGAGGACUACGGCUGCUGCAGCAUCAGCGCCGAGCUGCCGGCGACCGGGGGUGUCAGGGGAGCUCUGGCUGUUUACCGCCUGGUGACAAGUGUUGCAGUGCAAAAGCCGAAAGCAUCCGUGGAGGGGAGGCUGCGCUGGCAGCGGCACCUGUAAGGAGCGGAGGAGAAGAGGCUUCCCGAGGCAUUUGGCAGCAAGCAGCCAAGGCUCCAGGCAUCAGCACCUCCUCCCGGUGUCUCCAUCGCCGCUUGCUUCGGAUCUCUUCUUUGAGAGAGAGAGGAGGAAAAAGGAUCCAGAAAACCCCUGCAACAGGACAGACCCUGCUUGGAGUCUAACAGGUGUUUGCUGGGAUUUGAAUGGGGAGGGGCUGGGUGGGGAGAAAAGUUAACUGGAGAAAUUGGGGCUAGGAGAGAUGCAAUGAUCUUGCACCAAGUGGAUGUGCCGUGUCCGCAUGUGAAUAGCGCGUCUGGAGAAGCUCAGAGGGAUGUCUUGCAAAUCGCCUGUUUGAUCUCCGUAGAAGCGCUCACCUCUGCCUGCAAACUUUCCUCUGUCAGAAGUUGGGAGGAAUAAAAAAAAAAAAAAAAAAAAAAAGGCACCAGAAAAUCGAAAGGGGAAAAUCCCAGCCGACAAAACCAUUUUGACCUAAACUGUUGCAUCCCGACCCGAGGCGCUGGUGCCUCCCAGGCUCCAAGCCGGUUGGAGGUGGGUGGCAUUGGCCAAGACACCCAGCAGCGGCCCCGGCACUGGGGACAGCCGAGCAGCAUGCUGGCCGUGGCACCCGUGGCCGGCCAGCAGACCCUGCGUGCCUGACCCGCCGGUGGCGCCGGGGCGGUGGCGGCCAUGGCUGCAGCCAUCGCCAGCUCCCUGAUCCGCCAGAAGAGACAAGCCAGGGAGCGGGAGAAGUCCAAUGCCUGUAAGUGUGUCAACAGCCCCAGCAAGAGCAAGGGAAGCUGCGACAAGAACAAGUUGAAUGUGUUUUCCAGGGUCAAACUCUUUGGCUCCAAGAAAAGGCGAAGAAGGCGACCAGAGCCUCAGCUUAAAGGUAUAGUAACAAAGCUAUACAGCAGGCAAGGAUACCACUUGCAGUUGCAAGCAGAUGGAACAAUUGAUGGAACAAAAGAGGAGGACAGUAGUUAUACUUUGUUUAACCUCAUACCUGUGGGUUUACGAGUGGUGGCGAUUCAGGGGGUUCAAACAAAAUUGUAUCUGGCAAUGAACAGUGAAGGAUACCUAUACACAUCAGAACAUUUUACACCUGAAUGCAAGUUCAAAGAAUCAGUAUUUGAAAACUACUAUGUAACAUAUUCUUCAAUGAUCUAUAGACAGCAACAAUCUGGACGGGGUUGGUAUUUGGGUCUUAACAAGGAAGGAGAAAUAAUGAAAGGAAACCACGUGAAGAAAAAUAAACCUGCAGCACAUUUUCUUCCAAAACCAUUAAAAGUGGCCAUGUACAAAGAGCCUUCUCUCCACGAUCUCACAGAGUUCUCAAGAUCUGGAAGUGGGACCCCAACAAAGAGCAGAAGUGUUUCAGGAGUGCUAAAUGGGGGUAAAUCCAUGAGUCAAAACGAGUCAACGUAGCCAGGUUAAGGCAAGCCAAGUGCUCUCUAAACAGAACCUUACCUCUGGAUGCAGUUGAAUUCUUACUAGCAGUCUUUCAUCCAAACGUUCAAUUGCCCAGGACAAGCCACCGAACUUGCAUAGGUCACUCGUUUAUCAGCCAUUAGAUCUACUGGUUGUCAAAGGAUAUACCCCAAUAAUGUAGAAUAUGCUUGUGCAUAUCACAAGGCACUUGGAUAGCCAGCAAACAUAACUGUGGAAUAAAUCUUGGAGAAGAAAUGUCCAAGAAAUGUCCUUUCUCUCUCUCUCUCUCCCCUCUCUCUCUCCCUCCCCCCUCCCCCUAUCUCUCUCUCUCCUAUGCUUUGUGGAAUACGAAACAACAUUUCACAACAUUCACUGCUGAUAAGAAUUUGCUUUCCAACUAAGAAAAAGACCACUUUUGCUCUUCAAAGGAAAUUUUAAUGCUUAUAUGUUUUAUAGGGGCAAACAAAAAACAAAUAUGUAAACUCUGUUGUUUCCUUGGCUUACCGUUUUAUAUCUAAGGCUUGAUAAAAAAUAUAUCCUUUAAUUUGGAAUAGCGCAACUUUUUGAUUUCUGAACUCCAAUGGGUCUUUAAAGCUAUGUCUUUAAAAAAUAAUUUAAAAUUCAGGGUUGGAACUGAGAGUUGGUGUCUCAGGCUCAAGCAAACAGUGUUCUUGUGGUUUUAAACACAAUGAAAUAUAAAUUUUUAUAGAUUUGUAGUUUCUGGUAAAGUUCUUGUGCUAACCCCAGUCUGUAGGACUUGAGUUGUUUUGUUAUCCCAAGUGGAAGUUAACAGAAAGGGAUAAAAUUAUCCUCCAGUGUAGAUUUCUCUUAAUUCCAUUUUGUGUGUCAUGUUAAACUAUUGUUGUGGCUUCUUUUCUAAAGACAGAAACUGUGGAAUUAAGGUGACUUAAUUUUUUUAUAAGAAACGUCUUAUUUGUAAAAGUCCUUCUUUCACUGUAACGGGCACGUGAAUAUUGUGUAGGAGGAAGCGUUAGGACAGGUUACCCCUAAACAACAUAUACUUAUACAUGCUAUUGGAAACAGUUGUUUAAAAAAUGUAGUUAGGUUUCCAUUUAGGUCAUCAUGUCUGUUGCAUGGGAGAAAGUUGGAAUAUUGGCAUAGAGUUGCAUGAUGUGUAAGAUUUUGUGCAUUAAUCAUCGUUGGAUUCUGUGCUCCAAAACUGACAUAGUUCUGUACAGGCAGUUUUCUGCCUUGUACAAAAGAGUUGUUUAUUAUUUGUUGUAUACACAACCAUGCACUGAAUAAACUAUUUAUAUUAAGAUGUACUUUUUAAAAAAGCUUGUUUGAUUAUAUGAUGUACAUUGGUGAUUAAUUUCAAGGAAAAAGGUUGGCAGUUAAAUUACAAAGUUAUAAAAGAUAUUGUAAUUAAUGUUCAAAAUGUUUCUAUGUAACAGGUUAUCCCCUUGUAACGCCACACACUAUACAAUUGAGGACAUAUUCUUCUUUUUGGAUAUUGUUAGAACUGGUCUUACAUGCCCAGCUGAGAUACUCAAAACACAGUGACCAUUAAGAGCCACAAAGUCUUGGUAACGGCCUCUCUGCUGUGCGCUGUUGGAGCCCCAGUGAAUUGCACUCCUCUGCUUGGAGCUUCUCCAGCUUCUCUGUGUCUGUUCUCCUUGCUAGGCUUCCCCAGUGCAGCUGCAUAGCGCUACCUCGCAGCUCACCUUUCCAGAGCCCUCGGUACGGGGGGACCCAGCGAUAUCUGGUAAGUCAAGCAUUGCUCUUGCCAGUGUGGCACAUGGAGGAUGCUCAGAGCUUGCACAGUACCAUUGCAAGUUCACCUCAGGGGCCAGCUUUGUCUUGACUUGAGGAAAUGGGCUACCAUACCUCCUGCCUUUGUGCGCAUUCUGGAGAGAAAAUGUCCCUCUCUCCUAACUUUUCUCUCCAAAAACAUCAAAGAGAACUCUUCUAGAACACCCAGACAGCUCUGACAGGUGAACUUCACUCAUUAAGGUGUUUCAAUAGGGCCUAGGAGGAACAGGUUCUUAUCAUGAGAGGCUGAAGAAGCAGUUCUGGAAGGGAAUAAUGGUAAUGGAGACAAAAAGCUACCUAUAAAUGUUAGCCUGACAUUAAAAACAGGUAUUCUACUGUCUGGUGGUCGGUCUCAUCCUUUCUUGACCAAACUGGAAUUAGACCAAGCUAGAACAAUUGCUUCCUAUGAAUGUCAGGGCUGUGAGAGGAGAAAAAGAGAUUAUGUUUCACAUCAAACCCCAGAAUUUGUUUUUUUUUUGUGGCAAACAGUAGGCAAAGAGCUUCAGCUUGCUAAGGUCCCAUAUUGGAGCAGUAGUUGCAACACCCACCAAACACCACCAUCAUAGUGGCCUUCAGAGGACCUCAGGGUCCUCAGCACACCCUUUGCUGAAGUGUGAAAAAAGUAGGGAAACACAACCAGUUCCAUGAAAGUUAUUAAAAAUUGAAGAUACAGCCUGUGACUGCUCCUAGAGUUUUGGUACGUCAGUGGGUCUGGAGCAUCUGUUCUCUUCAAUUAAGUGUGCUUUGUCCUCAUGGAACAUUUUUCUCAACCCUCCCAAUUAAUAACAUCAGACUCGUUGGGGUGCAAGUUCCAA